GACCGUAAACAGAAACAAGCGGAAACAAAGGAGGUUUUAUUAAAACACAAACACAUCCCUGUCCGUGCAAGUACUCAGGGAAUAAACUACAGCCAUUGACUUUGCAGCAAUAAUAUUGAAACAGAAAAUAAAGAAAGAGUCGAAGUGAGCUGAGAAGCGAACGGCAUCAGUCACCAUGGCACUGAAAAGAAUACAGAAGGAGCUGCAGGAUUUGCAGAGAGACCCUCCGGCACAGUGCUCUGCUGGACCAGUGGGGGAUGACUUGUUUCAUUGGCAGGCAACCAUAAUGGGUCCAGGUGAUAGUCCUUAUCAAGGAGGAGUUUUCUUUCUCACAAUCCACUUCCCCACCGACUACCCGUUCAAGCCACCAAAGGUAGCAUUUACAACAAAGAUUUAUCACCCAAAUAUUAACAGCAAUGGCAGUAUCUGUUUGGACAUUCUACGGUCACAGUGGUCUCCAGCACUAACAGUGUCUAAAGUUUUAUUGUCCAUAUGUUCAUUGCUUUGUGAUCCAAACCCAGACGAUCCCUUAGUUCCAGACAUAGCGCACAUCUACAAGAACGACAAAGACAAAUACAACAAACUAGCAAAAGAAUGGACCCAAAAGUAUGCCAUGUAAAGAAAAAAACAUCACAGAUAAAAAAUAAAAAAAAAACGCUGAAUUUUUUUUCUUUUUCCGUCCUUUUUUAAAGUCACAACACACUGUAAAUUAUAGUAUGGAGUCAUUAAGUAAUCUUUGGUAACUUCCAUCAAACUGUCAUUGUUAUUAAUCUGAAACCAGACGUUAUUUGUUUUACUUUGCCUAAGAUCAUUUAAUGGCUAGCUUGACAUUUUAAAGUUUGGCAUGUUUUUGCAUCAAGGACAUUUUAUUUAUAAAACACAAAUUUAUUAUGAACUGCUUCACAGAAUUCUUCAUUUUUAAAUGAAACUAGAGAACUGUAGUUCCACAAAUCCCACCGUAUGCCGCUCAGCAACAAGGGAGGAGCUGAGUGAUAGAGCAGCACGAUAAUGUACUUAUUACACAAGCUGCUCCGUAACUGGAAGAGCUCAGCUUCGGUCUCUGCUAGCAUCCAUCAGCAACCAGCAAAGAACACGCUGAACCUUGGGAAUGUCGACGCGUGAAUACCAAAUAUGUAAGCCCAUCAUUCUGACACUUGUCUGUAAAACAAAGGAAUAAUGACAACAUCAUAAUAUCCACCUUUAACAUUACAACUUCACCCCACCUUUGUGUAGUGGGUGACGGAAGUUCUUGUUUAGUUAUUUUGCAUCUUGUUGCAGACGAUGUUGAAUGAAAGAAUGUACUGUUGCAGUUCCCCUGGAAAUGGGAGCUAUUACAAGUCAUGUGUUACUGUGUUCUUCAUCAUUAUUUGUAUUAUCAUUAUUAUUAUUAUUACUAUUAUUAUUAAUUGUAUAGUAUUAAAAUCCUCUGGAACUGUAUAAUUGUUUUAUUUGUUUUUAUUUGAAUUAGAGUCAUCACAAUGUAAAUCUGUCAUUAAAACGAUGUACUCUUUUCCCCUGGGAAUAGCUGUGAUGUUGGAUUUUUGGUUGGAUUUACACAGGCACAAAGAUCAGAUUUUGAACCCGAUGAAACCUGUACCUGAGGGUUGAGCACGUUCCUCUGUUUGACCUCCAGUCUGUCUGUAUCUCUGGCUCUGCUACAGAAAGGGUAAAAAUCCCAUUUUCUGUUCCUGUGUAAACACUCUCUCACUUGUGUCUUUGAGGCCUGUGUGGCACCUUUUGUACUGAAUUAAAGAAUGGUACAGUUUUUUAUCAUGA